UUCCAAUUUGCCAUUAUAAGCACAGGCUACUUCCGUCGUCCAGUCUUGCUGGCUAAAAAGCAUAAAAGCAGAUUUAUAACUACUACACUCAGAUAUAUUUACAAAAAGCCUCUUACUCACGCAUUUCAUUUUGGCACGUACAUUUCCCAUAUUAGCUGCAUUUUAGCGCAAGGACGCGAAUUACGAUUUCCUUAUUGGCGACUUGUCUUCAUGGUCGGCGGAGUUUCUCCACAACACAAGCGCUGAAUGCCUUCACAGGCUCCGUUGUUAUGACAACAGAAGCAGCGCUGCACGGGUGGCACGUGACACAGAGGGAGUGGGCGUGGCAGAGGGAGUCCUCUUCUGGGUCCUGACUAUGGUCCUGCGUCUCCCCUUUCACUACCUUUUCAACACUGCGCAGCAACGAAAGCCACAGCUAUUGCUUUACAUCACAUUCAACCCGAGCCAUCUUGGGAAUAAAUAUUAGCAGCACUGGAUUUUGAAUCGCCACUGCCAGUUCAUUGAUAAAAUUAUAGAGAGCCUGUUUGCAAUGGUCAGCGGGAACCAUUGCAAGGUGGAGUUCUGCACGUAGGACAUUUGACGUCAUUAACCUGACAGUAGCUGUGAGAGAGCACUAGAAAACACAAAACGCGAAGUACAGCUCUGCCAAACCUGUUAGAAAUUUUGGAAUGGGGAUAGCGUCUGAAUGAAUUUGGAAAAUGUCAAUCACUAGAAGGAGGUGGAUUUUACCGGCACCUGCUACAAGUACCCAUUUUACUGGCUUACAGCUUCAGCGUGGCUGUGAGUGACGCGCUCAACGCACCUAUCCGCGCCUGGGACAGUCCACGCAACGCGACUUCGUGCUCUCUUGCCGGUGCUCACGACUACUUGACUUCUGCAGUGCGGGGACUGUUGCGUUUUAUGGAAGGGAAGUCUGUGCACUCACUUGUGGUCAUGCUGCCCCCCAAAAACUGUCUGCCGAGAAACUACAGCUGCAUUGCUGGACUAUUCGGUAGCCUAACGGCAGCAAACCCACGCCUUGAAGAAGGAGAUGAUUUUGAUGUGAUAAACGUCACUUGUGAACCUGUCGAGUGCCCUGUGGUGGACGAGAGACCACGGGGCAGGGAAAUCCUUCUAAAGCCACCACAGAGUCCUACUCUGCGGCGGAGAUGCAAGUCGCUCCCUACGUCAACGGAGAGAGCAAAGUUAGAGAUUUCCCGUAGCAGAAGUCCGACCAGCCAGAAAAAAGUCCGCUUCGCCGACUCUUUGGGCUUGGAGCUGAUCUCUGUAAGGCAUUUUAAUGAUGCUGACGAACCAGAUGUGCCAGAGCGUAUCUUCGCUAAAUUACCCAAAGGAACGAUGCACCUUAACCAUUUGGACACAAAGUUCCCUAGACCCGUUACGCACGCCAUGUUUAUGGAGUUGGAGUUCACAAAUCCCGGCACUCUCCCUGGCUUCGAGCAGAGGGUGAGAGAGGUGAAAGUCUUAUUGGAAUCUGUGGAGGCUGAUGAGUUCAGCCUGUCUGGCUUUGUCCGCGUCUUAAACUUGGCGUUUGAAAAGAGUGUAUCCCUGCGCUACUCCCUAAAUAAUUGGAUAUCAUUUAUGGAUAGUCUGGCUUCAUAUGUUCCCAACUCUAGCGAUGGCGCCACUGACAAAUUCUGCUUCAAAAUCGUUAUGCCCACCUACCUGGACAAUGGAGGCACAUUACAGUUUGCAAUUAAAUACUGUGUCGGUGGGCAGGAAUACUGGGACAAUAACAAUGGAAUCAAUUACAAGGUACGACCACGCCGGUUGAAGAUGUCCCCGCCCCGCGAAUGGGAAAAUGGAUGGAUACACUUUAUCUGAGCCUUGUGCGUAAAUACGCAUUAUGAUGAUUCUCCCCGGUUACACAGUAGCCUCUUUUUCCCAGUUAUUAGCUCGAAAUCUUAAGUGUUAUCGGCUAAUUGGUGCAUUUUGGUCAAAUUCUGUAUAUUUUUAGUGUUGCGCAUUACCAAGCCUCUGAUAGGUACCUGCUGUAGAAUGGUCGCCGAUGUCAGAGCGUUGCACGCAGUGCCCUUUGGGGGGCAUGUUCGCAUUAUGUAAUGUGGAGACACGUGCCGAGGAAAACGUGCCGGGUAUAAAACGACCACUGGCAUCAGGCCCCCCGUUAUGCACACACACACACAUAUAUAUAUAUAUAUACAUAUAUAUAUAUGUGUGUGUGUGUGUGUGUGUGUGUGUGUGUGUACAAUUAAUUAAUUGGAUCAAAUAACUCAAUUAUGCGUGUGUAUAUAGUCCAUUUAAUUAAUUGUUCAAAUUAUACUUUAUUUCUAUGUAUGUUUAAUCUUCAGGAUUGCCUCCUAUGUUUUUUAGAACAUACAAACUUUUCUAAUUGCAGCCUAUUUUAUUUAUUGUUAGAUUUUUGUUUGUUUUUUGUUUUUAUCUGACUCUGAGCUAUUACUGAUCUUUUUGUCUGUAUCCCAGGAUUUCACACACCUUGUGCCCCUUUAAGCUACCAGAAAACCUGCUAUCACUAUACUUAAAUUAAUCAUAUACAGUCUUUCCCUUGCAUGUAACAGAUGCUGUUUUAUGGCCUUAGGUGUAGUAUAUGAUAAUCUUACAGUGUUACAAGACCAGACACAUCAUGUUAAUGGUAGCUGUAGAACUAUGAGUAUCACUUAGGCCUUUGUGUACAUGAUGAAGGCUUCUAAAAUCUGCUCUUUUUAAUAGGGCAUUCUGCUUUGAAUGUAGGUGACAUGAACUAUUCUUGUGACCACUUUUUGGAGCAGAUUAAUUGUGUUUUUAUUUCCAGGAUGUGUCCAUAACUCUCAAUGACAUGAAAAACACUUACGAAUUGGCUUAUUUCUUUGGUUAAUGUUCUUUAUAACAAUACUAUGUACUUUCAAUGGCCAAACAUUGAGUCAUCUGUAAUUAUGUGUUUUUUUAUGUGAGUAAUUUUAGUACAAGUUCUACACCCUGUGCAGUACUAGUCCAGAAAGCAAAAGUCUUACAGGUCAAUGUGUAGAGUGAUGCAUCAAUCAACAGACUCUAUCCAAAUCCUGCUCUAUUUUUUUUUUCUAUGGUUGUGAAACAUGUUCCAUUCUGUUAUUGAUGCAUCAAUAUUGAAGGGCUUUGGGUCACUUACAUAUUGACCCUUGUAUACCACUGCAUCACAGCUCACUUAAGUAUAAAUAUGUGUGUAAAUGUUUAAAUGUUUCACCUUGAAUGUCUUCCUACUACUGUAUUUUGUGUUUGUCCUUUAAAGUGGAGAUAGAAAGUUGAAGAGAAUGAAGUUUCUAUCUGAUGGAGAGAUAAAGUUGAAUUGAAAAGCACAUUGUAUAUUUGGGCUAUGGAUAGUGUGACAUUUUGCCUAAAAUUAUUUUGUAAAAACAAAACAUUUGCAGUCUAAAAGUGCAUUAUGUAUUCCUUAAAAUGUUACAAAAUAUAUUUAAACACAUUGUUUAGGACCAUGUAUAAUUGCUAACUGACAAUUUAUUGACAGGGGCACUUUAUCUUAUGGUGAAAUUUGACAUAUGAUUGUAGUGGACUGCUUUGAGAUGGUAAAAGCAGGUUUGAUGCACCUUUGGGCCAAGGGGAAUGGACUAAAAUGACACUGGUCACUUCAAAGCUAUACCAAGAGGACAUCCAUUUUUGUUAUUAUUAUUAUUAUUUUUUUAUUGUGUAAAGCACUUUAGUAAAGUUGCACAUUUUGUUAUGUUCAUCUGAUUUUGUCAUCUGCAUUAAACAUUUUUUUUACUAGCAUGCACUGUUAAAACUCACCUUUAAAGGGCAGUUUUAGAGUUUACUGUAUUAUACA